AUGGAAACGCCCCUGAAUACCAGUGAUCAACCAGAAAAUGUAAAUGAACAGGCAGUUUCAACCACUAGAGUUACUAUACAACAAAUUUCACCUUUACAUAUCAAACAAAAUAAAACACCAAAAAGGGCUGGAAAAAAAGGCACAUCAAAAAUUCUUACUGGAACCCCAGAAAAAUCUGAACUGCAACGGAAAGAAAAUAAUAAAUUAAAAAAAUUAAUUAAGGCCAAUACAAAAAUUAUAAAAAAAGAGAAGAGUGUCAAAAAAUCGGUGGUAAAGAAAAAAUUGUAUUCAAAAGAUUCAUCAACUAGUGGAUAUGAAACAAUCAAAGAUCUUUGUGAUGAUAACUCGGAAGGAGAAAUUGAUGAAUUUGAAAAUGAAUUGUGUAUCUUGUGCAACGAGUUUGGUAAAACUGAAAUGUGGUUUAGGUGUGUGUGCAAAAAGUGGGCUCAUAAAGAGUGCACAGGUCAUGAUAACUAUAAAACAUACAUUUGUGAUUUCUGUAAAUGA